GACUGCAGUAUCAAUAUUAGUACAGAAUCAGAAAGAGCAUUUUAAUACACUUUGGACUUUAUUGCAUCAUGAAUCCAAUGGCGUCUGUGGGCAGUCAGAUGUGGAUCUUCGAUAGUAAUGGUACAUUAAAGCCGUACUAUGCACUAGAACAAUACUGAUAUAUUAACCUGGUUAUUUGAACGGGAGGCAACAGGGAAAGAUAAAUCGUUCGUUGUGCUAGGACUAGGAUAUAAGGUUCUUGUAUUAUAGCCGACUUCAGCUCAUGAUGGAAAUCCUAAUCCUAUAUCCUGACCCAAUUCAUUACUUUGUUUUACGUUGGGGUGGUUCCUGUAAUCGCUGUUAAUGUAGAAUAGCUACUAUGGUCAUGUAACGAUUCGGCUUCGAGGAAGCAUUUGUUCAGGUUUAUCAAUCCUGCCUAGUCAUUGGUCAGAUAGAUAAGUAUCCAAACGCUUACUUACUGACUCUAGUUGUAAUUAACCAAUAUGGUAUUAAAGGUUGUAGGGAGCUAUUCACCUUACUCGAGUUGGUUUUCCCAGGAUUCAGAACUAAGCAAUUGUUUCACGUUUUUUCAACUAGGUAAACUAUCAUACCGCAUUCGGUUUUGCCAUUUACCUAGGUUUAUUAAUACAUUCAGAAAUCAAGAGUAACAUUGGAAAUAAGUGAAGUGUUUGAUGUGUUAUUAGUAUUCUGAUAUCAUCCGUUUUAUAUUUUAGGUACUAAUCACAAUUUACCAGCAUUUGGAAUUUUUUUUACCUCUUUGGUAGUUAUCUCAGUUUGCCAGAGUUGAAUUAUUCUCCGUUUGAAUGAACAUCGGGCAAGCCCAAAUUUUGAUUAAGAUUCUCAAGCGUGGCUUCGCUGUCAUUUCUAACGAGCCGUUUAGAAUUUCUAUCUUUGAUUCAUGGAACACAUGUAAACAUGCUGACGGGAAUCAGCCAGAUUUACGUAGUGUUCCAACAGUGUCCACUAUACUAAGUAAAACGGCACCUUUGCAAAGCACAAUUGCACUCCGAAAAUGGCAGGAGAAGAAGAAAACCGAACUCGGUGAAGAUGGAUUUCAAGAGUACAUGAGAGAACUUCAGUGUUUAGGAAAAGCUGUUCAUUCCAGUGUAGAAACACGACUUCGGAAAGGCGAGUUUCCCUCUAAUCUACCUGAAAAUGUUUCCAAAUACUGUGAAAGUCUGAAGUAUAUCUUGGAUAAUUUAAAGUCUUCUGAAAUGGAAACUAAUUGUUUUCAUCCUCGGCUUAAGUAUCGUGGAAGGUUUGACAGUAUAGUGUUUUUCAACGAUAUAAAUGAACCUAUUUUGACUGAAUGGAAAACAGUACACGAAUCCAAAAGGAUAUUGACUAUUGAUCAGGCUUAUGAUAGUCCACUACAAGUUGCUGCAUAUAUUGGAGCUUACAAUUUUUCUCGUUAUCCUGAAUCUCUGCCCGUCAAAAAAGGUAUGCUGGUCUAUUCUUAUAGCGAUGGUUAUCCUGCUGCUCGGUUUGUUUUGGACGAAACUAAUUUAUUACACUAUUGGGAGCUGUGGUGUGAGCGUGUCAAAGCUUAUCAUGAGCAGUGCAUCAAUUCUUCUAAUGAAGAAUAAGAAUUGAAGUUUUGAAUAUAUACACGGAAUAUAUUCCUAUCUACCUGGUGUAAUAUCAUCAUUGAUUUGCUAACAUUAUUUUUUUAAAACUAUCUAUGCAUUUAAGUGAAAUUUAUCACUGUGUAUAUAAUUGCUAAUUCAUAAUUUGCUUAAUUUUUGUUUGAUAUUCUCGUUUACGGAUAAUCGAUUGCUUCACUUCGCUGAUAUAUUGCGUUUGUUAAUUGAUUGUAGCACCCAAUUUCUCUC